GGAUUACAGGCGCACGCCACAACGCCCAUGUUUUAUUCUUGUUCCAUGAUGGUUCACGAGAUGGCGCUAUCAAUUUGCUGUCAAUUUUUGGUAACGCGCGUCUUGCGAAAUAUUCUUUCUGAAUUGAGAAAUUCUGCCUUUUAAAAAAUUAUCCUGACUUUAUAGUCUUAGAUUAAUAUCUAAUCUUGUCCAGAUUCACUUCUAAUAAAAGGUUACAGCAUCAAUCAUUCAUUUUAUUUUAAGCCAAGGUCCAUGAAGGAAAUCAUCAGUGUAUUCCGGAGUAGCUGAAGUCUAAAUAUGGUCUUGUGGUGAGAGUUCACGUUGUUAUCGUGGGAGGACGGUAUUCAUACCCAUCAUGCCGAGCGUCUCGUGUGAAGGGGUACAGGUGGACUUCCCUUUUGAGCCAUAUCCUUGUCAGAAAGACUACAUGAACAAAGUUAUACAAUGUCUCCAGAAGAGAAUUAAUGGAGUCCUGGAGAGUCCAACGGGUACCGGGAAGACCCUGUGUCUCCUCUGCUCCACCCUGGCCUGGAGACACACCUACAUUGCCCAGCAGGAGCUCGGGAAGUGUCUCAAGGGCAACAGAGGAGGAGGAGACGGUGCCGCAGGAGCCUACCAGGAGCAGCUGAUGACAGACCUCAAGACUGGAGCUGGCUGGGGAGAGAGCAGUGAAGAAGCUUUAUUCAUUGACCGGCCGAAGAUCAUCUAUGCCUCAAGAACCCAUUCUCAGCUUUCACAGGCAUUGGACCAACUCAAAGAUACUGUAUACAGGCCGAGAGUGUCUGUUCUAGGAUCUCGGGAGCAGAUGUGCAUUCACCCUGAAGUACUCAAAGCUGAAAGCAACUCGGCAAAGGUGCAUAUGUGCCGUGCAAAGGUGAAUGCCAAGAUGUGUCACUUCCACAACAAUUUAGAUAAUAAGAAAGGAGAGAAAGCAUUUACUGAAGGUAUUCUGGACAUUGAGGAUCUUGUCAAACUUGGCAAUCAACACAAAGUCUGUCCAUACUACAUGGCUCGAGAGCUCAAGACCUCGGCUGAUAUCAUAUUCAUGCCUUACAACUACCUCUUAGACCCUAAGUCACGUCGUAUUCAUGGAAUCGAGCUAGCAGGCAAUAUAGUGAUCUUUGAUGAGGCUCACAAUGUGGAGAGGAUGUGCGAGGAGAGUGCUUCCUUUGACCUGACCUCAUUUGACCUCGCUUCCUGUGUCGAGGAGACCGAUCACCUCCUGAAGAAGACUGUAGAGGUCACCAUGCUGAAUGAACGUUACCAUGGAGAAGGGGUCGGAGGAGAUGAUGACUUUGAUGCUGCUGGACUUGCUACACUCAAAAAGCUCUUCCUAGAUCUUGAAGAACACAUAAGUUCGUUCAACAUUUCUGCAAACAGUGAUGGUAUCACCAAACCUGGAAGCUUUAUUUUUGAGUUCUUCAGUCAAGUCAACAUCAAUGCUGAGACCAAGAAUGAAUUGAUGCAGCUCCUUGAGAAAAUGAUAUCACAUCUCACAAACAGCUCAACAGUAUUCCACAACAAAGCUGCCGGUCUGCAAAAAUUUUAUGACAUUAUAACAAUUGUAUUCAAUCGAGAUGGCCCUGAAGGCGAUAGGAGAAGUCAGAUCUCUGCCUCUCAGAUGACGAGGUAUUACAAGGUCCACAUUAGGACCACGGAGGCCACCCAGAAAAAGACUGGAAAGCUGGACCUGUGGGCAACCUCCGGUAAACCAAAGAAAAAGGGUUUUGUAUUGAGCUACUGGUGUUUCAGUCCAGGGUUCAGCAUGCAGGAGUUGUAUUCACAAGGCGUCCGUUCCAUCAUCCUAACUUCAGGGACUUUAGCUCCUCUCAACUCCUUUAAAUCUGAGCUUAAAAUUGAUUUUCCAGUUCAGUUGGAGAACCCUCAUGUAAUUGACAAACAUCAGAUGGUGGUGGGUGUGAUGACCAAAGGACCGGAUGGGACCACUCUCAAUUCAUCUUAUCAAACAAGGUUCAACAAGGACUAUGUGCUCUCACUCGGAAAUGCUAUAGUUAACUUUGCCCGUAUGGUGCCCAAUGGUCUGCUAGUCUUCUUUCCAUCCUACCCAGUCAUGAAUCAUGCUCUGGAGGUCUGGCAGGAGUCUGGUGUCAGCAAUAGAAUCUCUCAAUACAAACAAAUGUUUAUUGAACCACGGGGGAAGGCAGACUUCCAAGAGGCGAUGGAGUCAUUCUACGAGCGAGUCAAGGACCCUACCCUGAAUGGAGCUGCAUUCUUUGCUGUCUGCAGGGGAAAGGUAUCUGAAGGUCUGGACUUUGCUGAUAACAAUGGUCGAGCAGUGGUCAUCACUGGUCUCCCAUUUCCACCCAGGAAAGAUCCCAGGGUCAUGCUCAAAAUGCAAUAUCUGGAUGAAGCGAAGAGAAGAAAUCCCCAGGGUCUAAGUGGACAGAUGUGGUACAGGCAACAGGCGUCAAGGGCAGUUAAUCAGGCCAUAGGCAGGGUCAUCAGACAUCGCCAGGACUUUGGAGCUAUUCUCCUCUGCGAUACAAGAUUCACCAACUCCGAAGCGAGAGCCCAGCUACCGUCUUGGGUCCGACCUCAUCUUGCCGUCUAUGACAAGUUUGGACAGGGUGUCAGAGACCUCAUGAACUUCUUCAAAAUUGCUGAAAAAGUAAUGCCCAAACCGCAGCUGAAGUCCAACAGACCCCAGGUCACUGUCGCAGCGUCUGCGUCUUCGUCGUCUACAUCUCAGGAGCGUCCCUCUCAGGUUGCCAUGUCAACGUCUUCUGCAUCCUCCUCCUUCAAGAACGUCUCCUAUCAGACGGCCAAGCAUGUCGACGCUCAUGUACCAAGCUUGAAGAAGAAUAAAGAUGGAAGUAAUGUGUCAGAAGCCCAGCUGAAGAUUAUGUACGAGGAGGCUAGGCCUUCAUCCUCUAACACAGGCUUCACGCUCCUAGAUGCUCUACAUGAUGCUGAGAAACCAAAAUCUGAUGACUUUGCGAUUCCAACAAGUAUACCUUUGUCAAAUCAGGAGAAUGCUUUGAAUAAACGACCGGAAGAUCCCAAAAGGAAGAAGAAAAUCAUCAUUAAAGAAAAUAAAUUUGGGGGUCAGUCAUCAUCCUCAUCAUAUUCUUCCAUUAGUAAGAGACAACGCACUGCUUGUCUUGUGUCUGCCAAGGACUAUGUAACAGAGGUGAAAAAGAGACUGAGUAAAGAGAGCUACAAAGCAUUCUCAAAUGUAAUGCAGUCGUAUAAAAAGGACAAUGACUUUGGUCUGAUGAUAGCUGGUCUAGCUGAUCUCUUCACCGAAGAUCCCACCAAAUACCAUCUCUUCAGGAAGUUCUAUAGCUUUGUACGCCCUUGCCACAAGAAGCGGUUUGAUCAGCUCUGCAAAGAGAUUACAGGCGAGGGAUGCGGCUACAGACCCGAGGACAGCAUAGAAAAGAAAAAGACCGAUGAUGCUGAAGAUAAGGCACAGAAACCUCAAGCAGCCAAAAGGAACAUGGAGCAGAACACGGUUGGUGAAGCAGCGAAAAGACACUGCUCUGGCUUAGGAAGUGCCUCCAGCAUCGCAACCACUAGUCAUCUCAGCAGCUCAUCCCAUCUCAGUAAGGGUGCAGACCUACUCAAUGGUGGUGCCGACCACUUGAACAAGGGUACCGUACACCUGAAUGAAGGUGCUUCACUGUGGACUGAAGGUGCAGAGAACUUAAAAGGGAGCUGACAUCUGGACAGCACAUCCCACCUCAGCGAGAGUAUAGACCUGAAUGUUGGUGGCGACCAUUUCAUUAAGGGUACCAUGCUCUUCAAUAAAGGUGCCACAGUUUGGACUGAGGGCAAAUGAGAAUUUAGAAGGUAGCUUGACUCUAUUUGAUUUGCCAUAGCAAAGGUGUUGCGACUCGGAACAAGGGCACCAUGCACCUAAUUGAAGGUGCAUUUUGUGGAUUGAAGGUUCAGAAGGUGGAUUGAAGGUGCGAAGAUCUCAUAAGGCAGCUGACGUCUAGUUGAUUUGUCUUAGCUGAGGUAAAACAAAUUUGAGCAAGGGCACCAUACACCUUAAUGAAGGUGUCCCACUAUUAACUGAAGGUUAAGAACCAUUGAAGGCAGCUAACAUCAAGCUUUACAGAUGGUAUCACCAAAUUGAACAAGGGAACCAUAUAUAUCCAGGAUGGUAUUGGAUCACAGAAUCAAGGUGCAGAAUCCCUUAAAGGUAGCUCACAUGGAGAUCUUGGUUUGGCAAAAGUAUUACCAAAUUGAAUAAAGAUACAACAUACUUUAAUGAAGGUGCCACGCCAUGAACUGAAGGUAGAGAAGCCACUGAAGAUAGCUGACAUGGACAAUGAGUAUAACUCAGCUAGGGUAUUAAGAAAUAGAGCGGAGGUACCAUGCACCGUAAUGAGGGUGCCUUGUCAUAGACUGAAUAUGCAGAAGUUGUUGAAGGAAGCUGCUAUUGCAUUUCUUAGUCAAGGUUUCGUCGUACUGAAUAAGGGUGUCAUGUGCCUGCUUGAUGUUGUUUUCAAGGUGCAGAGAUGAUGAAGUGUAAUGAACAGGAAUUGCAAGUUCAUGGUCAACAGGAUGCAUGGCACUUGGAGGCCUGUGCCUCAUCUUGCAAAGAGUUGCGAUUGAUCCGAUCAAUGUCAACUAUGGAUGGCCAGCAACAUCAACAUCUAUUAUGCAUGUU